AUGCCGCGACAAAACUGGCGAGCAACCACUCCUCCAAUCGCCAAGGCCACCGCGACCCAAACCUGCGUACCAUAUACACUUUCAGGAGGAUGGACAAUCUCUCUCUCCCCAUCAUCCACAAUCACCCUUGCCUCCGAUGCAACGGUAACGCCGGACUGCUACACGAGCACGCACCCGCCGUCCUCGACCGCGACCUCUGGGGACAUAGCGUCAGCCGACUCGCUCGCGGCCAGCGAACUCCGGGACCCAUUCUAUGCUUCUACCAUCCCCAUGGCGUACUCCAUAUCUGCGACUACGACGCUGGCGUACGUACUGUUGUUUCUGCUGUUCUUACCGAGCCCCCCGAAUUCGAGACCUUGGCUGCAGAAGGUUGCUACUCUCACGGUGGUUAUUUGCUUGACUACUGCUUUUGCGGAGACGACGACGGUACUGGAGCAAGAGUACUCCCUUCGCGGGUCCAGCUUAUACAGCAUGACCAACGAAGCUCGCCAAGUCCGCCGCCAGGUCGUCGGCGGAACAUUCAUUCGGAUAGGGAGAAUAAUCUCGGACCUCUUUCUUUGGUUGGCACAAGUGCAAACGCUAAUCCGGCUCUUUCCUCGCGAGCGCGAAAAAGUGAUUAUUAAAUGGGCGGGUUUCGGACUCAUCCUUCUGGACACUAUAUUCUCCAUCUUACAAACCUUCGUUUCCCCUCUGUCUUCAGACCCAGAUUCGUUCCUCGAUGCAAUCCCUGCUCUAUCAUAUCUUUUCCAGAUCGCCUUGUCACUGCUAUAUGCUUCGUGUGUGCUUUAUUACUCAUUCGCAAAGAGGAGGUAUAGUUACUUCUACCCCCCCUUAUUUUCGAGGUCCCCGCCGGGGAGUAGGAGGUAUGGUGGUAGAAGUAUCAUCCUGGUUGCGAUUCUGAGUAUCGCGAGUGUGCUCACGCCGAUCGUGUUUUUUGUCCUGGAUAUCGCGCAGAAGGACCUCGCGGGGUGGGGGGAUUACGUCCGUUGGGUUGGAGCGGCAAGUGCUAGCGCGGUAGUCUGGGAAUGGGUGGAUAGAAUUGAAGAGCUCGAAAGGGAAGAAUGCAAGGGUGGGGUUCUAGGAAGGGAAAUCUUCGACGAAGACGAGGACGAGGACGGAUUUCAAGGUGACCACCGACGUCGCCAGCAUUUCGGCCAUGGCGGCGGCAACAACGGGGGAGAUGGAGGGCUAAGCCGAGAAACAACUGUAACUAGCGAGAGCACAAACUACGCCAUCAACGCUCGCAGCAUCGACCCCCCACUGAAUAGACUAAACACUCCUUCUAGCUCAUACACCGCCCGGGAACGAAUCGUCCGUUCCAAUAGCACCGCUUCCAUCCAUCACCUCUCCACCGCUUCACCUACCCCGCCUCCCCAGGCGGCAAAGUCUUCAUCGUCACCGCACACAAUAGAAGAAACCCAAGAAGCUGCCGACACCGACCACCGAACACACAACGUUUCCACCAUGAAUACCACUGUUUCCUCCUCCUCCCGCAUACAGUUCUCCUCACAGCCCCAAACGGACUCUGCACCCCCGCCGCCGCUUCCUCUGUCAGUCACACCGUCAAUGCAAGAAACGCCAUCGAACGAAUGGGGUUUCCGACGCAAAAAGCGGAAAGAGGUCAACCCCCCACUACCCGUCGCGUUCAUUCCUGCGCCGCGGCGCGGGAGACGCGGGAGUUGGGGGGCUGUGGAAAGGGCGAGGAACGAAGCCAUAGGGAGGGGAGACGAGGGGUAG